UGUAAUAAAUUGUGUACAAAAAUAAAUAGUAGGUUAAAUUAUUCAUUUUAAAUACCCAUGAUCUUCGAACAAAAGUUUUAGAAAAUUGGCAACAACCGAAAUGGCAGAAAAGGCAGAAAAUUCAAAUCCAAGUGAGGAUGUACAAGAGAAGAAGGAAGAGGAAAAGCCCUCCGGCAAUUGGUGGGACUCAUGGAUUUCAUCAGCUAAAUCUAAGUCUGCAGAAGUGUACUCUAUGGUGAAAAAAGAUUUAGAUGAAAUAGGAACCGCAGUGAGGAGUGAAGCAAGCCAUGUUAUCAAUUCCACAUCAAAUGCUAUUGGAAAAACCUUAAAAUUGGAUGAACCUGAGUCAACAGCAAAUGUUAUGAAAAAGAGUCUGAGCAGUUUUAUUGGUCAAGUGAGCACAGUUCUGAACCCAGAACCUGAUGAUGAAGAUGAUACAGAGGUUAUUUUGUCAUCUGGUGAUACAACAAUGUUGUCAACUUACAAGAAAGAACUUGAAGCACUGCAGCGAGUGGACGCGACAUACAUAGUGCCUGCCAACAGUCCAGAGUUCGACGCGUGGAAGUCCAGCUUAGAGGACUCGGAGAAUGUCAUCACCAGUGCCUCGGCUAUCCGGAGACUGCAGACUAACCCUGUGUUGAAGAGUCAGUACGAGAAGUUGGUGCCUGAUGCGGUCUCACAUGAAGACUUCUGGGAGAGGUACCUGUUCCGCGUUGCGUUGCUGCAGGACCGUCUGGCGGCGGCGUCGCGCAAGCAGCCCCUGGAGGAGCCAACCACGGACCCCGUACUGGCACACCUCCCUGUGCAGGGACCAAUCAUGGAAAGCCCGAAGAAAGUUCUGUCCGGCAUCGAGACGCCGAAACCGGAAGUGGAACUGGAGAAACCGGAUGUCGAGGUCGCCUGGGAGGAUGAAGAUUUCGCUAAUGAUGUUGAAUUAACCGAGGAACAGCAGAUACUACUAUUAGAGGAAUACGAAAGAGAAAUAGCAUCAAAAAAGAACAAAACAAAGGAUAUUACUAACAACAACGAGAAAACAAACAAACAGACCAAAAACAAAAGCAAAACUCAGGAGAAAAACAAAAAUGAGAACAUCAAACAUCAGGACAAAAACAAGGAUAAGAUAAAUAGAAACGUAAAGUCACCGAAAAGUGUGACGACACAGAAGAUUGUUACGUCACCGAAAAAUGUGACAUCACAAAAGAAUGAGACGUCACAGAAGAAUGUAAAAUCACCGAAAAAGGCGGAUGAGUGCGGAAAUUUGGUUGAAGAUUACUUUGGUGAUAAAGAAGUAAAGGACGACGCGAGCGCCAACUCUGAUGAGAGCUGGGAGAAAGAGUUCGAAAUAGAAGAGACGGGUAAGCAAAAAGCCUGACUUCUAGCCAUGGCCGAUUGGAUGUAGCACCCAACGGUUGAGUCCCAAGUCCCAACCCAAAUGUCCAUAAAUAAAUUAUUUAAACCAGCCAACGAACAUUGUUCAUAGAUUUUUACACUGAAAUUGCUAAUAUACCUCGGCUGUAUGAUGAACUACAAAUUCUGAAAGAUCUAUAUAUUAAUACUUGAGAGAAAAACUUUGUACCCUCUUUACGAAA